CACAGUAUAAAAUUUGGCGGGAACAAAAUAAACAAGCAAAAACAAAAGUAGAAUUGAACGAGCUAGCCAAAAGCGAAAAUGGUUGUUGAAAAUGCAAAUGAAGAAAACAUUUUACCUCCUAAUCAAAGUGAGACAUCCCAAGAUGUUGUGGGAAACAAAAGACUUAUCAUAUCACAUAUAGAGAAUAUCAAUUUUAAAUCCUAUGCAGGAAAGCAGAUCCUAGGACCAUUUCACAAGAGUUUCUCAUCUAUCGUUGGUCCCAAUGGAUCUGGAAAGUCCAAUGUUAUUGAUGCAAUGUUAUUUGUGUUUGGAUACAGAUCAAAAAAGAUCCGCUCAAAGAAAGUUUCAUUACUCAUCCACAAUUCAGAAAAUCAUCAGAACAUAGAAAGCUGUAGUGUCACUGUGUUUUUUCAAAAAAUUAUAGAUCUGCCUGGGGAUGAUUUUGAAGUUGUUCCUAAUAGUCAAUUUCGAGUGUGUCGUGUUGCACGUAAGGAUGGCUCAUCAGACUACUACAUGAAUGGCAAGAAGGCUACAUUUAAAGAGAUUGGAACCAUCCUUAGGGCUUGUGGUAUUGAUCUUGAUCAUAACAGAUUCUUAAUCUUGCAGGGCGAGGUAGAACAAAUUUCAAUGAUGAAACCUAAAGCAGAAUCAGAGCAUGAUGAUGGUAUGUUAGAAUAUUUAGAAGACAUUAUUGGUACUAACCGUUUCAAGGAGCCAAUUGAACAGGCCUAUAAAGAAGUAGAAGAGUUAAAUGAGAAAAGAGGAGAAAAAUUGAAUCGUGCAAAAGCAGUUGAGAAAGAAAAAGAUGAGUUGGAGGGAGCAAAGAAUGAAGCGACAGAGUUUCUUACAAUGGAAAACAAAAUUAUCAAAAAAAAUCAUAUGUUGUACCAAAAAUACAUAUUUGACUGCACAGAGAUUGAAUCAAAAUCUACUGAAAAGCGUGAUGAAAUAAAGAAACAGCUUGAUGAUUUGCAGGAGCAAUUGAAAGUUUUUAUAGAUCAAAAGAAAGAAAAAGGAAAAGAAUACAAGAAGAUAAAUAAGUUAUUUGAUCAACUUGUGGAAGAAGCUGAGGAGAAGAAAAAAGCGUUUGCUGAAUUCGAAAAAUACGAUUUAAAAAUUCGAGAGGAACUUAAACACAGAAAACAAAAUAAAAAGAAACUAGACAAAAGUUUGGAAGCUGAAAAGAAAAAGUUCGAAGAGUUAAAAAAUGUACCAGAGAAAAGUCAAGCUGAAAUAGAGCAAUGUACACAAUCUUUGGAACAACUAGAGAAACAAAAAGAAAGUGAAGAACAGAAAUUAAACGAGAUUAUGGCUGGAUUAAAGCAUGAAACAGAGGGAAUGCAACAGGAAAAAGAAGUCAAAGAACACGAAUUAAUGGAAAAGCAAAAAAAUGUUAAUGAGGCCAAAUCUAAGCUUGAUGUAGCGUCUAGUGAGUUGGAAAUCUACUUGAGUGAAUUUAAAAAGUUGCAAGAGCAGUUUGAGAAGGCCAAAGAUAAUGCAGAGAAAGCGAAAGAAGUGAGAGAAGAAAAAGAGAAGCAAUUUGUGUCCUUUCAAGAAGAUUUACCAGUACUUAAUAAAGAAUUAUCUGAAGCAAAAAAGGAACUUGAAGUAGUUACCGAAGAAGAAUCACAGAUCUCAGGAAAGGUCAAAGUAAAUCGUUUAAAAGUUGAAGAAACAAGGAGCUCAAUGCAGGCAUCUCAAUCCAGAGGUGCAGUAAUUGAAGCACUAAUGAAAGAGAAAAAGAAUGGACGUUUGAAAGGAAUAUAUGGAAGAUUGGGUGAUCUUGGUGGUAUCGACAACAAGUAUGACAUAGCCAUCAGUACAUCAUGUGGAGCGCUCGAUUUUAUUGUUGUUGAUAAUAUGGAAACUGCACAAAAAGGUGUUGAAUUUUUGAGGAAAAAUAAUAUUGGAUCUACAACUUUCAUUGCACUUGAUAAGGUCGCUCACUGGAAGCAAAAAGCCAACUCAAAAAUUAAGACUCCAGAAAAUGUAAAGCGCUUGUAUGAUCUUGUUCAAAUGAAAGACGAGGCUGUAAAAACUGCAUUUUAUUUUGCCAUGAAAGAUACUCUAGUUGCUGAUACCUUGGAUCAAGCUACAAGAAUUGCUUACCCCAAGGAGCCUAAAGCCCAAAGAUGGAGAGUGGUCACUCUGAAAGGAGAACUAAUUGAAAUGUCAGGUACAAUGAGUGGUGGUGGUACUAAACCAUCGAAAGGUCGAAUGGGGUGUCGGGUUACAGAAACUGUCGACCCAAAAACUGUUGAGAAACUUCAACGAGAUUUGAAUGUGGACCUUGAGAAGUUAGAGACUCUUCGUCAAAGAAAAUCCAACUUGGAAGACACUGUUCAAAAUUUAACCAAACAACUUCAAAAUGCAGAACAUCAAUUGAAAAAGCUUAAAAUGGAGAUUGAGUCCUUGUCUGUACAAGAAAAAGAACAGAAGGAAAGGGUAAAAGUAUUAAGUAAUCAAGUCAAAAAUUCAACUCCUGAUCCUAAUCAUGAAAAGAAACUGCGGAAAGAAAUUGAUGGUUAUGAGAAAACUUAUAAAAAGGCUGCUGAUGCUGCUGGAAAAAUAGAGAAAGAAGUGCAGAGUUUGCACAAUAAAAUUAUGGAGAUUGGAAAAUCUAAGCUGGGUGGCCAGCAGGCCAAAGUGGAUUCAGUGAAUAAAAUCAUCGACGAAGUUACUCAAAGGAAAACGAAAGCUUCGGUUGCUCUUAAAACAGCAGACAGAAACAUAAAAAAAGCCGAGGAGAAGGUAAAAAGUAUUGAGAAGGAUGUCGAAGAAAACACUGCUGCUAUUAAAAAUAUCGAAGAGGUGGAGUUGAAAAAGUUAGAAGAUGAUGCAACAACAGUUUUAAACGAAGCACAAGAGGGACAGGAAAAAAUGAAAGAGAUGCAACUAAAACUUGAGGAAGUUAAGACAGCCUUCGAAGCUACUGAUAAGGACGAAGCUGAUCUUCGCAGCAAAGAGAUAGAUAUCAAACACGAACAUCAAAAGUAUGAAACCACAGUAAAGGAGAACCAUAACAAAAUCAUACAUUGGCAAAAUAAGUUAACUGGUUUAGCUCUUCAUAAUGUCCCCAAAUCAGCAAGUGAAAGCUCGAGCGAAGCUGAAACGCUGAUCGCUCUCACUCCUGAAGAAAUACAGGAAUUGGAUGAUACUGCAAUUGCGUAUGAAAUUACUGUCCUUACGGAAAAGCUCGCAGAGAUGCAACCCAACAUGGCUGCCAUCACGGAAUAUUUUAAAAAAGAAGAAGCGUAUCUAUCUCGUGUGAAAGAAUUAGAAGAGGUCACGACUGAACGCGAUGAUAAACGAAAAGAGCACGAUAGUCUACGUAAGCAACGAUUAGACGAGUUUAUGGCAGGGUUUAGCAUCAUCACCACCAAGUUAAAAGAAAUGUACCAGAUGAUAACGUUAGGAGGUGAUGCCGAAUUAGAACUGGUGGAUAGUUUAGAUCCGUUCUCUGAAGGAAUUGUCUUCAGUGUCAGACCACCAAAGAAAAGUUGGAAAAACAUUUCAAAUUUAUCGGGUGGAGAAAAGACUUUAAGUUCGCUUGCUUUGGUGUUCGCUCUCCAUCACUUCAAACCAACACCACUUUAUGUUAUGGACGAGAUAGACGCUGCACUUGACUUCAAAAACGUGUCUAUUGUAGCUAAUUACAUCAAGGAACGAACAAAAAACGCACAAUUCAUCAUCAUCAGCUUGCGAAACAACAUGUUCGAGCUAGCUGAUCGCUUGGUCGGUAUUUACAAAACCGAUAAUUGCACGAAGAGCGUGGUAGUUAAUCCGGCAUUGAUUUGUAUUUGAAGUUCAUCAAUAAUUAAUAUUGUAUAUAUAUCUAAUCACAACAAUAAUGGUGGCGUAGCUGCGGUGUACGUGGUAACACCGAUACCUUGUAACAAACAUAAACUUCCUAUAAAAAUGUAUAUCUGUUAA